AUGAACGGGGCACGUCAUCACAUCAUUAUCGCCCGUGCAAAAGCGGAUGCUGCUGUAAACUCACAUUAUUCUACAUUCGGUGGCUGGGUUCCUUGGUCUGGUGUGGAUUUAGUAUCAUCUUAUCUCUCUUCUUUUCUAUUUUUCUUCUUUCUUUUCCUUACUCCUCUCAUUUCUAAUUGGGCUAAUUCUACCCGUUCUUUGUUCUUUGCUCUCAUAUCGUCUGCUUUUUUUUUCUAUUUUUGUUUUCCUUUUUUUCUCUUCUUUCUCUCCCCUCUUUUUUUCGUUUCGUUUUGCUUUAUUUUCUCCUUUCUUUCUUUUUCUUUCCCACUCCUCUUGUUUAUCUGCUUUAUUUCUCAUUUUUUUUCUUUUGUCUACUUUUCACUUCUUUUCUCGUCUGUAUCUUUCUCCAUGCCUAUUUUACUUCUUUCUUUCUUUGUCUUCUUUUUGGCUUCUUUUCAUCGCCCUCUCUUUCUUUUUCUAAUUGAGCACUUCUUCUCAUUUCUCUUUCUUGUAUCACUCUCUGCUUUUUCCCUUCUUUUCUUUUUUCUCUCUUUCUCUUUGUUUCUUUUCUCUUUAUCCCCUACCCCCACCUCUCCUUUUUUUUUCUUCUUCUAUUUUUUACCUUCUGUUUCUGGCAAACGCUAG